AUAUGUUGAGCUCUACUUAAAUUACUUCUGGUGUAGAGCGGGAGCUGUUGCUCGAACACUUGAAGCCAAUGCACAGUUACUUGCUUCCAGCCACGUGCUGUAUGCACACCGAUUCGAGCAACCACCCAAAGAGUUCACGAUUCUGCGCUGUGCGGCCACAGCCUUCGUUUCGCUCCCUUUGGGGUGGGGCAAACGAAAUGACGAACGCAUCAGUUUUGCAGUGCAGCUUGGCGAGGGUUUGUUAACUGGGAUUAGGCACGCCAUCGCUCGAUAUAUAGCGCCGGGGAAAUGCGUUAAGCCAAAAUGACGUAAGCUCUCCAUGAAUAUGUCAACAGCUCAACCGAAACUUGGCCAGCGUGUACAAGUAGCGGGCAAGAAUCAACUCUGCGGCCGUGUCGCCUAUGUGGGACACACCACAUUCGCUGGCGGUCAGUGGUUCGGUAUUGUGCUGGACGAGCCGCGUGGCAAAAACAAUGGCACUGUCCAUGGCAGCACCUACUUUAAAUGUGCGCCCAACUGCGGACUCUUUGUGCGUGCCCAACAGCUGCAGCUGCUGCUAAACGCCAACCAGUUGGGGGAAUCAAAAAGUAAGCAGGACAAUAAUCGCACAAAGGACGGCAUGCAACGUGAAUCGAACAAGCUGAAGCUGACUAACAGCAGGCAGCGCAGCAGGCAGGCGGCAGAAGAGCAGAGGGAGGCCAGCACAUCAGCUGAGCGCUUGGCCAAAAAGCCACCAGAGAAUGCAACAUUUUCAAUGACAACUUGCAAGACUUGGAUAACUUCCACACAUCUGCAACCGCAAGCGCCGCCAAAGGAACCUGAAUCAGAGCCAGAGCCAGAACCGGAGGCAGAGCCAGAGCCAGAACCGCAGGCAGAGCCAGAGCCAAAGCCAGAGCCAGAGCCAGAGCCCUUGGUGAAAGAGACCAUUACAAAGCAGUCUGAAACUGUAGCUUCCACAGAGGUCAGCCAGCAGAAGGAGGCAGCACAGAGUAUUGCGUCAGCACAGGCGAUUCGAGCUGUGGCCAAGUUCGAGCAGACUGCAGCAUCGAUAUUGACGCCACCGGCGAUGACCUGCAAUCAGCGGCGCUCCACAUCCUAUACACAGCUGCGACCCACACGCAUCAGUCAGCCGAAGCCAACGACGGCACAGGCGCAGAGCACCACGGCCCAGUUGACGCUGGCCAUGCCCGUGCCGUUGGCUCUGGCGCCCAAGCGCAGCAAGACGAGCAUGAGCCCGACGAGCAGUGUGAAGCGUGUGGCGCCAGCUGCCUUCGUGGAGGCGGGCUUUCUGGAGAUUUUGCGGCCACAGUUUACGCCGGGUCCGGCGUUGCGCACGCCCAGCACAGUGGCGCCACCUAUGGACAGCGCUGAACUGCGUCAGCUGCGCGAGGAGCUGCAACUGCUGCGUGUGCAGAAGAGCGAGGAUAAACUGAAGCUGCUGGAGCUCGAGCGCAUCAAGAUACACAACGAACAGCUGCUGGAGUUCAAGUCGCAGAUCAUGACGCAGCAGGUGCUGCUGCAGCGCGAGUUGCAGCGCUGCCGGCACGAGCAGCGCGAAUCUCUGGAGCUGACGGCAAAAUACAAACGGGAACUGGACGAUGUGGCCGAAAGCGUAGAGCUACUAACGCUGGACAAGGAAAUGGCUGAGGAGCGUCUCGAGACGCUGCAAAUGGAGCUGGAGACGGCGCAGGAGCGCAACGACGAGCUCAGCUUGGAUCUGGAAAUACUACGCGCCGAACAGGAACAGGACCACAACGAAGACCAGUGCCUGGAGAAGACUGAGAAGCAGUCGACGAAUACAACGACGCUGCAGUCAACCGGCGAGUUCUUGCGCCUGGAGCAAUAUAACCAGAGACUGCGAGAGACCGUGGUCCGACUGCGGGAUACCCUGGCCCAUGAGAAGCAGCUGGCACAGCGCACACACAAAGAGCUGGAGACGAAGCACUCUGAAAUCAACGAACUGAAGAGCAUCAAGGAAUUGCAGAGUCGCCGAGUGGAUCAAAUGGAAAUGCAGCUCAUGGAUCUCAAGGAGCAAGUGGAUGCUUCACUGGGUGCUGAGUCCAUGGUCACGCAGCUAGCCACGCUCAAGCUAGAGCUGGAGGAGCGUGUUAAGCUCUUGGAAGACGAGGUCUCCGAGCUGGAGGCGCUGGAGCAAAUACAGGAGCAGCUCAUCGAGAGCAACCAGGAGCUGGAAUCGGAUUUACGUGACGAAAUUGACAAGCUCAGCGGCCAGGUGAAGUCCCUGGAGCAGCAGAAGAACGCCGCUUUGGAAAGCCUCUACGAUCGUGAUGUGACCAUAUUGAAAUUCAGAGACUUGGUGCGUCAGCUCCAGGAGCAACUGCAACUCAAAACGGACGGCGGCAAUCUCUCCAUAGAGGACUUCAGCAGCGCCAAUGAGUCGCAACAGGAGGAGACCUCCCAGCAAAGCCUCGCCGACUAUCAGCACAUCUUCAGCGUAAGCAAGGCCUACGGACGUGCUCUGGAACAGCAGCUAAAGGCUGUGGAGCUGCGCCUCGAGCGUCAGCAUCUGGAGCAUGUGCUGGCCUUCGUGCCGGAGCAGUUUCUGCUACGAGGCGGUGAGCACGAUGUGGUGCUGGUCAUGCUGCUGCUGGAGCGCAUGAACGAUAAACUGGAAAUUGUUUGCCAGGCCAUCAAUGAGAAGUUUCCGAAUGCCUGCGAGUUCGGUCGCGAUGCCAUCUUUGAAGGCUACUCCGUGCAGCGCUAUAUCUUUCGAGCGCAGUGCAUUUAUCUGCUGAAGAGCCUUCAGCUUGUGCUGCAGCAGUUCCGCCACGGACUCAAUCACUGCGACUAUGAGCUGUGCACGCAUGCGGCCAUCUAUCGCAUGGACCUGGACACGCAGGAGCAGCAGCUGGAUGAGUUUGUGCGUUUGCUGAAGACGGGUCAGCUGGACGAGCACACCAAUUGCGAGCCCAUACGCCGCGUGCUGCACUACAUCAAUGGACUGCAUCAGAAUCUGAUGCCGCCGCAGACGCUGGUGGAUCUGCUGGACGAGCAGCAGCUGUAUGCCGCUCUGAUUGAGGUCUACGAAGCGGGCAUGGACUCAGUGAAUGCCAAUGCUGGCAUGCUGCAUACCAUCAUACAGCUGGGCGACGAGCAGACCGCCUCGUUCCACUGCAUGCAGCUGCUCAUGGAGCACAGCUGUGCAGCCAAGCAGAAGCUGAAGAAGCUGCAGCGCAAGCUGAGCUCCAAUAAGACGGCCGCUGCCUGGACGGGCAUGCAGUGCGCCCGCUACCAACGCAUACUGGAGGCCAACGAGGCACUGGGCGCGCUUAUCAGCAUGCUGGGCGUGUCCGCUCGAGAGGCUACGAAGGAGUCCAAUGGGGGCAUAGCGCAUGAGAAGCUCUGGCGCAUAUUGAGCUUGAACUACAGCAAAUAUGCCCCGGCGCAGGAGACGGAGCAGCGGGAGCUGGAUGCAUAUAGUCAGCGUUGCAUGCAGCUGCUGGAGGAGCAGCUAGAGGAGCUCUGCACGCUGCUGGAGCCGCGUGAUGUGAACACAGAAUACGUGCGGCAUUCCAGCUCCAAUACGCUGCAGCAACGUGCCGCCCAAAUCAAGCGUCACUACGAGGAUGUCAAGAGCUUGGAGCUGUCUGUGGCGGAGCGAGAGAAGGAGCUGAAGGCACUCAAGUACGCGGCCAAGCUGAAGCAGCAGGAUUACUCGGAGCUGCAGGUGCGCAAGGAGAUGGCCGAGAAGCAGGUGCAUCGCUUUAGCCAUGACUAUUGCCAGACGCUCACCCAAAUGGCCGAGGGCAUGGAGCAGCUGGAGCAGGCCAUGCUCUCCAAGGAGGCGGCUAUGCAGCAUGCGCUCAACACACUCAACGACAAGCUGUUCGCCCUGGAGCUGGCUCAGCUGCAUUGGCAGCAGCAGCAGCAGGUGGACAGCGCCUGUGUGACCAGCUCGACGCGCAUUUGCAACCGGGAGCUGAAUAUGAUGCAUCAAGCGCUGCGCCAGGAGCGCGCAUUGCGUGUCCAGCUGCAGGACAAUGCGUUGUGCCGGAGCUUUGCAGCCUUGGAGCCGUUGCACGUGCCACAGCUGGAGCAGAACGACGAGCUGGCCCACUUGGAGGCACAGCUGCGCAACUUGAAGAACCAGUGGCUGCUCGCCCACUUGGAGCUGGGUCCCGCUGGUCACGAGCGUCGCUCGCAGAUCAAGCUGCGGGCCAGCCGGCUGCUGCGACAUAUCUUCCAAGCAUAUUGCACACGGAAUCCACAUCGAGCGGCGCCCACAGAUUUUGGCUUCUUCAUUGGCGACGAUCUGAGGCGCGUCUUUUAGGCCAAGUUAUAUAUAUAUAUAUAAAUAUAUAGUAUUAGA